UUGCUCUCCUGCUACUUCAGCCAUGGUGUGGCGAACGUGGUGGUGGUGGACAGCAGUAGUGGCCAGUGGCGGCGGCGGCGAUGGCGAUGGCGAUGGGGGGAGUGGUCCUUGGUGGGGACGUGCGGGCCCGCGAUGGAGCUGAGCAGUGCACAGCUGCGGGGGCUGGCGGAGAUGCUGCGCUCUCCCGACGACGACGGCGACAGCAGCGACGACGACCUGCCGCCGUGCGCCCUCGCCAAGCUCGGGCCGGGGAACAUCGGGCCUCCGAAGAAGGCCGGCGGCGGCGGAGGCACGAGGGUGACGGCGAGUGGCGACGGCGGCGGCGGUGGCGGCGUGCCGGGGGCGGGGGCGGGAGCGGGCGACCCCGACGCCAUCUGGUGCCCCACGGAGGUGGCGAGCGCCCCCGACGACGAGGACGGCGCCGACCCACGCCCGCGCCCCGAGUACGACAUGCACUUCCGCCAGGCGGUCACGCCCGAGGACGUCUUCCUGCAGCUGGGCGGGCGCACGCCGGGCAGCGCGUCGUGCGAGGAGCUGGUGGUGCGCGUGCGGCUGCCGGGCGAGCGCGUGGGCGACGUGGCGCUGAGCGUGGGGCGGCAGCGCGUGGACGUGCGCUCGCCCGCCUUCCGCCUGGCGCUGCCGCUGCCCCACCCCGUCGACGCUGACGCCUCGCGCGCGCACUGGGACGCCGACGCCCACGCGCUCACGCUCUCGCUGCGCCUCGUGCGCGAGUUCGACUUCGUCAACUUC